AUGACUUAUAAGGAUGAGUUCCCAAGCAGGUUACAAGCUCUUCCACGAUUAGAGAAGUCUUGGUACUUGGUGGAGUGCUCCCACCAGGGUUCCAGUCCCAACCCUUCCCAUCCUAUCAGGGAGCUGGGAAUGGAAUCUCAAACAUGUGAGUACUGGUCUGACAAAUUUAGCCAUGUGAUCUCAGCUUGGCAUGUUAGAUCUAGUGUAUGUUCUGCCAACUUGAACUGGAAUCUCUUGUACAACUUUGUAGGUGCCAGAUCUCUAACCUGCUUAAUCUGUGUAUUCUGGUCCAAGUAUCUGAACUUUGAUAUUGAAAGAAGAGUUUUAGAUAUUUUUAAUGUAGGCAAGAAAAAUGUUAGAAAUGUAACUUGCAAGGCAGUUCAACUGCUCACAUCACAGCUGCUGCCUAGACUGACCUUGAGUUUGGACUGGGCCCUGGCUAGUUUCUGCCCAUCCACAGGUCGCAUCUUUCCCGCCACUAGGCUUCGGAGCUGUGAAAAGGAAACCCUGGCGUGGGCCUCGGCGUGCCGCCAGGCCCUCACCAACUCCGGCUCCGCUGCGGUGGAGAUCCAGGCGGGUUUUCCCACUCGCUCUCGCCUGGAGGACUUCUGGGCCCGCCCACACGGAGGCGGGCCGGGAGAACGCUCCGCCGUGACUGGAGCUCUGAGCCGCGCGCGCUUCGAAGCUUUGCGGCGCUGCGCGUGCGCGCGGGCGGGCGGCGGCGCGGCGGCGGGAGGGGCGCCGCGGUGUGUUCGCGGCUGCUCGUGCCAGCGCCUGGAGGCCUGUCCAGGGACUCUUCGCUCCGGCCUCGCUUUCCACGUUCGGAAGGCCAGUGGCCGGCCCGGGGUCGAGUGCGAACGUCAGCUGUUGAGUAUUCCCUUGAGCCUCUGUGCUCCUGGCACAAGUUUAAAAUAUUCAAAGAACACUUUAGGAAGAACACUUUCCAUGAAACAUAAAGCUGGUCAAAAAUACAAGUCUGUUGUUGAUAUGUUUGAUUUUCCUGAUAAUUCUGAUGUCUCAAAUAUUGGCAGGCUGGGAGAAAAUGAGAGAGAUGAAGAGCCUUAUGAAACCUUUGACCCUCCUUUGCACAGUACUGCUAUCUAUGCUGAUGAAGAAGAAUUCUCCAAACACUGUGGGUCAGCUGAACUUUCAACUCCUCAAGGAAAAGUAGGGGAGAGUUUGAACUCUGCUGAAAAUGAAGCAAGUGAAAACAAAUCUGUAAAACUCAGUACAAAAAAGCCAAGAAAAAAACUUGAGCCCAUUAGCAGUGAGUUCAAAAGCACCAAUGAUGAUGUAAGGAGAAGAGUUCAGUCCAUAGAGAAAGUAAGAACACAACAACACAAAGUUCCAACUAUAGCGACUUUGGUGCACUCAGAGAAGCCAGCAGAAUCCAUCACACCUGAGAGGGCAGGACCUCACAGCACUCAGUACCCUGUUGAAAGAGAGACUGGAACAACACAAAGACAAUUGGAAACUCAGAAAAAGCGUAAGGUGUCUCCUGGCAAAAGGAAGAGAUUGAAAAGGAAAGCCACUGACUCAGAUAUUUCUGGAAGUAAGCAUAUUUGGUGUCUCGAAGAAAAAAGAAUUGGUGACAUCAUGGAGCUGGAUAUUGUUUUAUCUGUAUUUGAGAAAACUAUCCUGGAAUAUAAACAUAGCAUGGAAUCUAGAAUUUGUAAGAAAGCUGUCAACAAAUUUCAUGCUAUUAUGAAAGAAGAACUCAUCAGAAUGCUUAAAGAAGUCCAGAUGUUGAAAAACCUGAAAAGGCAGAAUGCUAAGACGAUUUUCAACAUCGAAAGGAAAAGGCGGCAUUUAAUUGAAGUCCAGGAUGAACUGCUACGGGUAGAACCACAGCUGAAACAACUACAAACAAAACUUGAUGAGCUUAAGGAGAGAAAGUCAUCUCUUAAGAAUUCAGUGUGCUUCUUAUCUAGUUUAAAACAACUUUAUCAAGAUUAUUCAGGUGUUCAAGAGGAAAAACCAAAUGUAAAGGAAUCGUAUGAUUCAUCCAGCUUUCCAGCUUUAUUGUUUAAAGCAAGACCCCUUUGGGGAGCUGAGAAACACCUGCAGAAUAUCAACCAUCAGCUAGAGGUGCUCCUUAAUCAGGAAUGAGAAGACCAGUUGACACAGGUGCCUGCAUAAAUGUCUCAUGCUUCUGAAACUGCACUUUUAUAAAUAAAGCUUCCCUUGAAAUGGC